AUGGAUUUACAAGAAAUAUAUGAAAAGAGUAAAGCUCAAGGAAAUUCAUUUUCUCAAAGACUUUUAUCUCGCUUUAGACGAUCUAGAUACGCCUAUUGGUCAGUUCUUACUGGCAAAAAUCCUGUCAUCGGAACAUCAACCCAUGAAUACAAAAAAUUGAAGGCAUUUCUAAUAUAUGUUGGAGGAUUUUCUCCACUGGUAUUUAAAUCGCUUUUUAUUCAAAAAGCAGUCGAGCUCACCAGAAGUAACAAAAAGUUAAUCAUAAUUCCUACUUUAAUUGCAAUGUACUCAAUCGCAAUACCAUCAGGUGCUCUAAUAAUGUAUUUUUUGAUCCAGGCAUGAAGCGGGCUUAGAAGCAUGUAUUUCGCCAGCUAUUUAGGCACUCUAGCUUUUAUAAUUGACGAUCCAAAUCACAGAAUUUACAAAGAAUCUAAAAUAAUGAGAAAUGCCUUAUAA